CGGCACAGCACCUGCGCACAGCCAGUCCGAUCGCAGCCGCCGGCGCGCGCGUUCCAUAUUUGAAAUUCGAACGAUUUAAACUUCGAACGCGAUUUGAAUUUCAAUCGUUGCACUUUCGAAUUGCAGUGUGUUUUGGUGUUAGUGUGUGUUUGUGAAUUGUGGAUUUUUUUAAACUUUAAUAACUAGCGGCAAUGCGACAGUGAAAAAUAAAAAUGGCGUUAAGGACUAAACUAGUGAUCUUUGUGUUAACCUCAUUAAUAACAAACAACCUUUGUGACAAUGACGUUUUAAAACUAUCAAUCGACGACAGCGAUCUACUAAGAGGCAGCGGCGAAGAGAAAGAAAACCUAGAGGAGAUAGAAAUAGAAGAUAAAUCAGAAUUAGAAGAGUACACUACUACAGAAUACGCGACAACAGACGAAGCGUAUAUAGUUACUUUUAACGAUUUAAGAAUAGAUACUACGGUGGAAAGUACGACCGAGGACAAUGGCGUAGUCAGGACGGCCGUGCCGGAGGAUAUUUAUAACGCUAGUAACAUUGUUAAGGCAGAAACCACAACCUCACCCCCCACCAGAGCCACAGAGAGCAUGGAGGGGAUGUCCCCCAGGAUAGCAGAGUUCGAUGGGGAGGAGACAAAUCAAAGGAGCCCUAAGCUGACUGAGAGUGCUAGACCUGAACCCAAGCUCCAAGACCGGCCAGUCUUCGACCCCUCCCCCCCAGAAGCUAUCACCCCCCGAGCCGCCCUCCGCAACUGGCUUGAGGACCCAUGGCUGCGAGCACCAGCCGGUCUCCUAGUGCCGCUCAGAGCCUCGGCCUUGGCUCGGGCGAGCGCGGUCUGGGAUGACCUCAGCGGGGAGAGCUUGGGGCUGAGCGACGUGGUACUCGUCGGCUAUCAUGCUAAAGGUAUCAACUGGAGAUCCCGUCACAAUCUCCAGGGCAACGGCGUCAAAAAUGGCUACACAGCUGUAUCUGAUGCCCUGAAUAAACUCUUGGUUAAAUACCAGGGUUUGCCAGAAACGAGCGACGGAACAAUGCAAGCCCUUAUCUCAGCCACCAAGCUUGUGCCAUAUGACAGCGCAUUAUUUGUAUUGACGGAUAGAGCUCCUGGGGAUCUCCAGAGGCUCCCGUUGGCUGUGAGAGCUCUAGUUGAGAAGCGACUAAAGGUCUACACGAUCUGGACGAACCCGUCUCUACCGGCGUUUGACAUAGAACAACAGAUUCAAGGUCUGAAAAACGUCUCCAAGCACACCGAGGGAGAAGUGCUGACUUACACACUGCAGGGAUUGGACGUGGGAGCAAGCGAUAUGGACCAAAUGCACUUGGAAGUUCAGGCGCAGCCGCGACAGGCCAGACUCAACACUAUUGAGGAGGACGACAAAUUUGAAACUCUACUAGUGCGAAGGGGUGGUGGUGGAGCCACCUCCUUGGGUAUACCAGUGGAAUACGGAGUGACUGCUCUGAAGAUAUACAUCGAGGGCGAUGUGGAACAUGCUGUGCUGUACCCCCCCAAUGAUGCUCCUCAAGUGGACCUGUACAACAUGACUUCAGUGCGAGCCUUCUCCUCCGCCUCGAGAACUGAUGAGCUGUCUCCAAGGGAGGUGUUCCUUGUGUUCCCUGGGGCCGAUCCUCAGAACGAGGAAUUGAAAGUCCUACCAAUGAAGCCAGCGGACUCCCCCUCAGCUCAAGCGGGCAUGUGGCAUUUAUCCGUCCGCUGCGACACUUGUGACUACCACCUGCGAGUGCUAGCACGGGCACAGCUCCGCUUCCACGCCAGCUUGAAGGCCACAGAUAUGCUGAAGAUCAGAAUCAUGGGCCCAGUGGCGAGUGUUAGAGAGUCUGCGCUGGUCGACGAGUACGGAUCCGAAUUGGCAAAACUACCUUUCAGCUAUCAACCUAUAACCGGUGACGGACAAGAUGUUCCCCAGGACAGUCCUAUGACGGAGUUAGAGGAGACCAUACCGCUCCCUAACGUGAAGGCUGAAAGGGUCUACGUCAGGAUCCUAGGCAGAGAUAUUAGAGGGGAGCCAUUCGUCCGACUGUCAGGCCCGCUGCACGAGCCUGAGGUGCGCAUGGGCCGCUCUGCCACCUUGGAGCCUGAAGACCUGGAGCGAGCCGAGGAAGCUAACAUUGCAUUCGCUAGACUGCAACGACUGGGCUAUAAUGAUAGCAACGUGCUGCCUUACAACAGAGCUACGUCGCAGGUCGUGAACCAGCAUGGAACCAUUCUGACCGCCGUGCAGAUAGGUCUGAGUACAAGACUGUAUGGCUCUCCAGGGGACAACCUACAGCUACAUUUCGAGGUGACAAACUACAGGGAUCAAUCUGUGAGAUUCUCCUUCGAAGCAAGAGGCGAGCUUCGGUUUUUGACAGGAAUCAGCCCUAGCUCCCAAACUGUACUAAGCGGCCAGACAGUGAACGUCGUCGUGUCAGUCGGAAUCACCAGCACGGCUCAGCCGGGCGCCAGGGAUCUCAUCACAUUCACGGCUAUCGGCAUUGACCAAGUCUCCAUCUCCGCGUACGUGUACGUGGUCAACACAGUAGAUACAGUCGAUGUCUGGCCUCCGGAACUCAGGCAUACCUUCCAGGGCAUGUGCAUCGGGAAGCAGGGAGACGACUGCGCCCAGCACAUCUGGUCUACCACCAUUACAGCCAGGGAUGCUAGUUCAGGCCUUCUCCGCCUCACCUCGACGCCCAUCGGCCUGGUGUAUGACAGCAACUUUAUAUCCGGUACCAGGGAAGAGAUCAGAGCCAUCUAUCGGGCUACAUGCUGCGCUCCAAGACUAUCUGUCACGGCUGUGGAUGCCAACGGGAAUGUUAACAGCUACAUCAUUGAUAUAAGCGGCUAUCUUAACUCUGCAUCAAUAGCGGCCAUCACGCUGGGCAUUUUCCUGGCCAUCGCCAUCAUCCUCCUCAUCAUAUUCCUCAUCUACUGGUGCGUGAGAAGACGGAAGGAGUCAAGGGAACUGCCUUAUUCUACGUCUACCAGAAAUUAAAUACUUUAAAUUCACUUUGGCAGUUCUAAGUUAUGGCAAAAGGAGAUAACCCUAUUUGACUUGACAGUUUUAGGUGAAGAUAUCUGUAGAUUACUAGACUCCGACCACACUAAGUUUGCAUCGUCUUGUCAUUAUUCACUUAAAUUUGGCGAGCGACUUAGCGUGUCGGACUUUGAAUAACUAUAAAUUGAAAAGAUAAAUCCAAGAGAUAUUAUCCCCAAACAUAGCUAUACUCUGUACCUUUAGGUAUUUAAAUAAAAGUAAACAAAUAAUUUGUACAUUUUCGGGUAGUAAUAACAUUUAUUGGUUAACCAAACAAAUACAAAACCGCCUGGAUCAGUCACUGAACGACAUAGAAGUAGCAUCCUAUAGAAGUGGUGUGCGCGUGCCUCCGUGAGGGACAAAACAUACGCAAUGCGACAAUAUUAAAAACACGUUUUAACAUUCCUGACAAUAUACCAAAAACAAUCUACGUAAUUCGGUCGGGUUAUUUGUUGCCCACCAUAGCCCAUACUAACAAAAAGGUGGGGAACAAACAUAAAGUGAGACUGUGACAAGGACAAGCAAUAGUACCGCUUUCUCUGCUACUCCUACUGAAAGUUCUAUAAGUGUAUCUCGUUCGGACAUUUGGCCCCUCCCCCAUGUCUUCUCUAUAUUAUUGUACCUCUAUGCUGAACGACCACUUUAACCUACAUUAUUUGAUGUAAUAUUUUCAUCUACCCUCAACUGGCUUAACGAGCCAUUUGAGGAUAGAUUUUGUUUACUUUUAUUUAAAUACCUAAAGACAUAGACAAUAUGAACCAGCUUUUAUCGUCAAGGUUUUAAAUAUUAAAGAGAUAAAAAGAUAACAUAUUUUGUAAGUCCAAGUCUUAAACUGUUAGACAAACGAAGUUAAAAUGACAUUAAGUCAAGUAAAAUAUGUUUUGAGGUAUUUUUGUAUAGAAACCAAUGUGAUGAGUGUGAUGAC